CGUCGGUCUGUGUAUAAACAACCGUCGAGACAUUUAAACAGCGAGCUGUCAGAACGACACGAAGCGACCACACUGCCGGCUGGUUCAGAUUGUUGGACCCUGAGCUAUUAUGCAGCAUGACCCGACAAGGACCUCGCCUGUGUUCUUCCUCUAUGGAAGACAACCCUCCCUGCUAGCCACCUGCGACACCCCCCCUCAAAACUUUGCUGAAACACUGCCAACAGAAAUGAGUGUGAGGAUCUUUGGUGAAUUGGACCCGGAGAGUCUGUGUUGUGCCUCGCAGACCUGCAAGCUGUGGCAUUACAUCAUCGAAGAGAGCGAGCAGCUGUGGAGGAGGCAAUGUCUGCUGGUCAGAGCCAUCUGUCAGAGGGAGGUUGACAGCGACAGGAGGGACGGCCUGUCCUGGAAGGUCACUCUGGUGAGGAACUACACUCGAAGCUGUUUGAAGAGAGACUGGCUGAGAGGACGUUACAGCCACGUGAGAUCAGCGGAGGAGCUGAGGGGCAGGAAAAUGACGCCGCUGGAUGCUGAGACCUGGGGAGAGAUCCUACAGGCCGAGCUGGACAGAUGACUGAUGGCAACGUUUGCUGCCACAUUUAGGAUUUUAUUUAAAGCACCUUUUAUACUUUUGUGUUUUAUACAAAUACACACAAACAAUUGUUCUUUGUAACUUUUUUAAGAAAAAAAGGACCAUGGAUGGCUGAAAUGAACAGUUAUGAUUGUCUCUUUACCUUGAUGUACAUAUGGCAAUAAAUCACAUCAUGUUGAA